AUGACUUCCAAGUUUGUUUUCUUGGUUAUUCUUGGUGUUCUUAUUUGCACCACCACUGCGAGAAAGCUAGUUGACUCAGAUGGCUCUUUCAAUGAUGAAAAAUUCUUCUUUGAUCAAUGGAAUUUAGGAGGUGGCGGCGGUGGUGGAGGCGGCGGUGGUGGAGGUGGAGGUGGAGGAAUAGGGGGUGGUUCUGGUUUCGGAGAAGGAUUUGGUGGUGGAUUUGGAGGUGGUGCUCAAGGAGGAGGAGGAGGUUUUGGUGGCGGGGGAGGUGGUGGAGGCGGAUUGGGUGGAGGAUCUGGUAGUGGAUUUGGAUUUGGUGGAGGAUAUGGUGGUGGAAUUGGAG